AGAGGAGGGAGGGGGGAGAGCGAGCGAGCGAGCGAGGGAGAGAGAGGAGGCGGUGGCGAGGGAAGAGCGAGUGCGGAGCGCCGAGCGGGGCUGCUCCUGAGCCAGCGGAGCCUUCUCGGAUAGCCGCCCCGGCCCCCUGCCCGGGCCCGGCCCCAGCCGCUUGCGUGGUCGGAGGAGACGCGGCCGCCGCCGCCGCCGCCGCCACCACCGCCCGAGCCCGGCCCCGCACCGCACGCCCCUCGCCGCUGGCCAGCUGGUGCCCGCGCGGCCCCGGGACGCCGCUGCCCGCUCGGGGCCGGGAUGCAGCCGGGGCAUGGCCGCCGGGCCCCCGUCACCUGCCGCGGGGAGCGCUGAGCCCGUUGAGAAUCUGUCUCUGAGAACCUGAAGCUUUUCCUGCUGAUUCUCACUAUUCUCCCAGCAAACUUCCACCCGAGAAAGUUCCGGAAAGAGCCCCACGGGAGGCCUCCCUGCUACGGCGAAGCAGACCUCACCCACCCCUACCAGCGUUAAGUCAGAACGGCCAGAGGAAGAUCCCGCCAGUCUUCCCCCUGAGCGGGUCCGCGGGCCCCUCCGGCCGGGAACCCGUCCCCGGAGCUGUCCAUCGGCAAACAGAGCGCCCACAGUGCCUCGGGGAAAAUUGGCUGAAUAAAAGAAUGUCUGGGGGCCAUCUCUAGAACAUCCCAGGAGCCCGGAGUUCUGGAGCACGUGACCUGGGCAGUACUGGUCCACAGAAAGUGCCUGGAGUGUGGGUGAGAGACGCCGUGCCUCUGUGAGCUGUGGGACCUGAGCCCUGCCUCUCUCCUCGUCUGGGAGUUGGAGACGUGGCUCUCAGGGCAAUCAGGACGCCACGGCUCCGCCUGAAGCGAUGGCCCAGCCCUACCCCCCUGCCCAGUACCCCCCUCCGCCCCAGAAUGGCAUCCCCGCCGAGUAUGCGCCCCCGCCUCCGCAUCCCACGCAAGACUACUCAGGCCAGACCCCGGUCCCCCCGGAGCACGGCCUGACCCUGUACACACCAGCACAGACCCACCCGGAGCAGCCGGGCGCCGAGGCCAGCACACAGCCCAUCGCCGGGGCCCAGACAGUGCCGCAGACAGACGAGGCGGCCCAGACGGACAGCCAGCCACUCCACCCCUCCGACCCCACAGAGAAGCAGCAGCCCAAGCGGCUGCACGUCUCCAACAUCCCCUUCCGGUUCAGGGACCCCGACCUGCGGCAAAUGUUCGGGCAAUUCGGAAAAAUUUUAGACGUGGAGAUCAUUUUUAACGAGCGGGGCUCCAAGGGUUUUGGGUUUGUAACUUUUGAAACUAGCUCAGACGCUGACCGAGCCCGGGAGAAGCUGAAUGGGACGAUCGUAGAGGGACGGAAAAUUGAGGUCAACAACGCCACAGCCCGCGUCAUGACCAAUAAGAAGACUGCGAACCCCUACACCAACGGCUGGAAGCUGAACCCCGUGGUAGGCGCCGUCUACGGGCCUGAAUUCUAUGCAGUGACGGGGUUUCCCUACCCCACCACGGGCACAGCCGUUGCCUACAGGGGCGCGCACCUACGGGGUCGGGGCCGGGCCGUGUAUAAUACGUUUCGGGCUGCGCCGCCCCCGCCCCCCAUCCCAACUUACGGAGCGGCACUGGAGCAAACGCUUGUUAAAAUGCCAGUCCCAUGGGCAGGGCUGGCACCCUGCCCCCUCCCUCCGCAGACACCGGAGCCGGCCUACCCCACCUCUCCAGCGUUCCCACCACUCUCUUGUCCGUUUGCUUCCAGGGUCGUGUAUCAGGACGGCUUUUACGGUGCUGAGAUUUAUGGGGGCUAUGCAGCCUACAGAUACGCUCAGCCUGCAGCGGCCGCAGCAGCCUACAGCGACAGUUACGGCAGGGUCUAUGCAGCCGCUGACCCUUACCACCACACCAUCGGCCCUGCGGCGACCUACAGCAUCGGAACCAUGGCCAGCCUGUGCCGAGGAGGGUACAGCCGCUUCACCCCCUACUAGCAAGAGGGCCCGGCCCCUAGCAGCACUCACGCUGACCGCACAGCACACACCAAACCCAGCAGUCCAAAAGCAGGCACAGCCACCGGGAGGACAGUGCGCCCCCCCCAGUCAGCGGCCCGCGACGCCAAAGCCCGUAGGGUCCACCUCCGGCCAGCGGGUCUCCCUGCCCCUCACGAUGGCGUGUGUGUCUUUGACCCUGGUUGCCCCUGUAUGUCUGAAACCUUGCUUCCUAUUUUGACUUUGUUGAUGAUGUUCCCCCCAAGCCAUUUCAGGUACAGUAUGCGCACAGCGGGAGGGGCUGGCCUGGGCACAAGACCCCUCCCGGAGAACUAGCAAUAGAGCCCGCCAGGGCAACCCCCACUUCCCAUCCCCGGGGCUAUGGAGCCACAGAAGACACCCACAGCCACUGCCCCUCCCCGGGGUCCGGGGAGUGAGCGCAGCUCCUGACCAGCGCAGCGGGGCUUCUGGCCCAGACCACGGCCCCUCCCACCGCGUCUGCUCUCCUCACCCCAGAACAGCUGAAACCUAACAUUUCUGGUUCGCAUUUCUUGAGGACGUUUCCUGCCGAAGCGGUCACAAGACACAGUGCAGUGCAGGCAGAAACUGCCACGGCCACACCAGCCUCAGAGCUCCUUGCUUAGCCUUUGUUGUAAUAAACAAAAGUGUAGGAAGAAACACCCCGACCAGAGCCGACCAGAGCCGAGGGCCCUCCUGCUCCUUCCAGCAGCAGCUCUCCCCUCCAGCCGUGCUCUGCAGACGGCACCCCGUCACUGCCAGAGAUGGGGUCCCGGCCGGCCCGGCUCCCUUCCCCUUCCCCAGGCUGGAGACGCCCUUCAUCAGGGUACCCUUGAGAAGGGGCGAGCAGGAGAGGCGUGGUGGGGAGGCCCCUCGCCGCCCUUCUCGGCGACACGGCACUCGAUGCCAGCCUCCCGUGCACAGAGGCAUGGUGCUUAGCACUGUGGCCGAGCGGCCCCGCGAUGCCCGGGGUUGUAAAGGGCCCUGGUGGGAACAUGCUGGCCGGGGCCCGCAGGCAAAGCCGAGACAGCCCAGGUAGCCUCAUGGGGUAGGCUGCCCAGUCGGGACGGCGCCCUGCCUCCGUUCCAGGAGGUGUCUCAGGCCAGGGAAGCCCAGGUCCCCUAGCGUGCCAGAGCUGGCCUUCCGGUGCCAGCUAGAGAGUGUGGACCCCCGCACCCCCGCCAGCCAGGACACACCGGCUCUUAGCUGCCGGCCCCAGCCAAGGUGCCGGCCGCCUCACUUGUCACUGCCGGGAGCUCCGCCUCCUUCCCAGCCCCUCACGGCCUGUGCCGUCCACCCACCGCCCUCUAACUUCGCCCCCCCAGAGCCAGCCAUGCCCCCGCUCCGCUCGGGCCAAGUCCAGAGGCGGCACCAGCCAGCCGCUCCGGCCGCCCCUUCUCCCCCGCACCGGUCCCCACGCUCUGCCCCGGAGAGGGUCGGCUUCCAGUUCAGCUCACGCAAGGUCAUGGGUUCCCAGAAGCUGGGCCCGGGGGGACAGGCUUGGGGGGGUGGCGCUAGGACGGCAGGGCCCCGCCCCCUUCCUCCCCGCACGGUCGCCAGGCCUUGUCCGUCCUCAAGCACGCCUGGCGUUGCUUCCGUGAAACUGCAAGUCCUGCCUUUCUGUUUCUGUUGUAGUGAAAGCCUCCACCGUUUCCUUCUGGGACCAUGAAGGGCAAAAACAAAAAACAAAAAACAAACAAAAAAAAUCACAAAACAAAAAAAACAAAAAAAGAUGUUACGAUCCAAGCAACAAAACCAACCAAACCGAGAAGCAUCCACCACGUCCAGGUCGCGCCAGGCGCCGCGCAGCGCAGCGAGGGAGCACGUCGGCGGCCCCGCCCCUCCCCGGCCGCCGCGGCCGCCAGCACCCCUCCCCGGCCGGCGGGGAGCGCAGGAGGGGAACGGGCCUCUUCUCUACCAAGUCUUCCUUCCCGGCCCCCCACUCCCAGGGCACGCGGGCCCCACGGAGGAACAGGCCGCAGGCCUGAGCCGGGAGAGCAGCCAGCAGGACUUGACCUUUGUUGCCAACUGUGCCAGCGGAGAGGACGGCCGGGCUGGGGUGGGCGUGGGGGGGGCAGCUGUUCGUUCCCGGGGUCUCGGGCUUCAGCCCGGGCCCGUCACCCGCACGUCCAGCUGUCGGCCCCAGCUCUGCCUUGCGCCAUGCCGCCAGCACCGUGUUCUGCAAACCUGGUCAGGGGGCUCGCAGGCCACCAGAGUCCGACGGGCAGCCCUGGGGUCCGACCCCCAGCACUGAGGGCUAACGUGGUUCCAGAACUGUGGGACGCCCAGACCCCCUUGCUCCACGUGAGGGGGCUCCCGGGCCGCCCAGCCAGGAUCACACCUCAAACCUAAGAGUGAGCAUCAGGGCGGAGGCCUCGGGGCCUAGGGUGAGCUCGGACGGGCCCCAGCUGGCCUGUUUCCUGGCCCCUUGCGGGGGGGCAGGCUUGGGCCUGGUCAGUGGGAGGGAAAGCCGAUCCCCUGCCGCCUGCAGGGCCAAGCCCCCCCCCAACUGUCCUGCAGGGGAGCAGAGGGCCGGGGUGGGGGGGCCAGUGCCUGGCGGCACAGCGAGGUCAGGAGUCACAGCGCCACGGGCUGGAUGGCCAGGCCCGAGCAGGGGGAGAGAGACGGGGAAAGGCCUGGAGCAUGGCCCGGGACCCGGGUGCGGGCCCCAGGGUGGCAGGAGAGCAGAGGUGGGCAGGGAGGAGCCCCCGCCAGGCAGGGAGAGCUGGACUAGGGGACGCAGCAAAAAAUACGACCUAGGCUCCCAACACGGCUCCACUGUCUCAUGAAACUUAAAAAAAAAAACAAAAAAACAACAAAA